CAACACUUUAAACUAGCUGAAUUAUAUUUAGAUAUUGGCUAGUGAGUGGAAGCUUAUAUAUAGUGGACUUAUUCGAGCAUCUUAUAAUUCAUCUCUCUCUCUCUUUCUAAGAGAAAAAAUCAACAAAAAUACACAUCAAAAGCAAUGCUGGUAGACAUGUUUUUCCGGCCCUUUCGGAGUGAGAAGUCAAGGGUGAAGAAAACAAGGUGCAAAAUAAAUGAAGAGGAAAUGGAUGAAGAUUGGGAUGUGUACUGUAUGCAAUUCCCCAAAGAUCCUUUGACCAAACACCCCAAUCUGUCUUCAACAUUUCAAAAGAUUCAUAGAAACGGACGAAGCACGAAGACGAUGUCAGCCAGAGCCUCCAACUUUUCCGAUCUGAUCCAACGGGUCACCGCCUCUUGCCUCCUCCACCCGCUCUCCGGCGUCGCCCGCCCCGACGGUGACGACGACGAAGACCGCGACGCGGCGGCGGAGGAGGAGGAACAGAAAGAAGAAGAAGAUCCGGCCGACGGGGAGGAGGACGGGUUCGAGGCGCUCGGCGCGCCCACGGUUGGUCCCCACGCGCCUCCGCGCGUGGCGGAGCUUGAAAUGCUGGUUGGGCAGGUGUUCGACGCCGUCGCGGCCGUGAAGCGGGCGUACGUGAGCCUCCAGGGAGCGCACUGCCCGUGGGACCCGGACAGGAUCCGCGUUGCCGACGCGGCAGUGGUGGCCGAGCUCAGGCGGAUGGGCCUCCUCCGGGAGAGGUUCAGGCGGGGCGUCGGCGGAGGAAGGGCGCGUGGGGUGGGAACGGCGACGCUGAGAGAGGUGGUGGCGCCGUACGAGGCGGCGGUGGAGGAGCUGAAGAGGGAGGUGAGGUCGAAGCAGACGGAGAUUGAGGGAUUGAGGGAGAAGCUCAAAACGGCGUCGUUUAGUGAGCGGGCCAGUGGGAAAUCAAAGGGGAAGUCCAGGAGACGAGUCAGCUGCACCACUCAAGUAACACCGGCACCCGCAAUCGAUCUCUUCGAGAGCACGAUGAGUCUCGUGAGAGAAGCUUCGAAAGCCUUCACGUCCCUCCUCCUCUCCCUCAUGCGCUCCGCCCGUUGGGACAUAGCCGCCGCAGUCCGGUCCAUCGAGGCCGCCUCCUCCUCCUCUUUCUCCUCCGCCACCUCAUCCCGGGCCCACGCGAAAUACGCUCUCGAGUCCUACAUUAACCGAAAAAUCUUCCAAGGGUUCGACCACGAGACGUUCUACAUGGACGGGAGCCUCUCCUCAAUACUCCACCCUGACCACCACCGCAAGGACUGCUUCACCCAGUAUCGGGACAUGAAGGCCAUGGACCCAACCGAGCUCCUCGGCAUCUUGCCAGACUGUAGCUUCGGAAACUUUUGCUUCAAGAAGUACCUCUCCAUGGUGCACCCGAAGAUGGAGGAGUCUUUGUUCGGUGACCUAGAGCAGAGGCGCCAGGUGCUGGACGGGCGCCACCCGAGGAGCCAGUUUUAUGGGGAGUUUUUGGGAUUGGCUAAGGCAGUGUGGCUUCUGCAUUUGCUUGCGUUCUCGCUCGAUCCUCCCCCGAGCCAUUUUGAGGCGAGUGGUGGGGCCGAAUUUCAUUCGCAGUAUAUGGAGAGUGUCGUGAGGAGCUCUGGUGGGGUCGGUGUGCAGAAGAUGAUUGUGGGUUUUCCGGUGAGUCCGGGGUUCAAGCUUGGGAAUGGGUCGAUCAUCAAGGCUAGGGUUUAUCUGGUGCCGAAGAACGGAUGAUUUUUUUUACGAGUUUCGAAUAUUUUUUUUUUGGUGGAGUUUGUGUAUUUGAGGUUGAGGAUGAUUUUUGUUAUGGCUGUGGUACAAACUCUGUUGUUGUGUUGUGUUCCUUCUGUUGUGAUAAUAGUUAUGGUGAUGCUAGAUUGAAGUAGUGAUUGAUUUGCUAUGUUAGUUCUGUUUUGUGGUCUUCUCUCCUUAAAAGAGAAAGACAAGCCCGUGUUUGAAUAAUAAUAGCAUUUUGUAAGCUGCCAACAGUGAUAGCCCGUUUGGAAAUCAUCUUUGGCUUGUAUGGAAUGACCAUCUUUGGCUUGUAUGGAAUGACC